AUGGUCGCGUUGCUUCUUGCGAUCCUUCUGAUUCUUCUCACCGCCAGCAUGAUGUCGAUCUCCUUUUUACGGCGGGGCGUGCACAAGGCGGCGUUGGAUCCGAUCAAUUUCCAGCCCUUUCGCCUGAUGGCGCGACGGCAGGUGAGCCCGGAUUCCUUCGUCUUCCGUUUCGCGCUCCCCCACCCUUCCCAGGAGUUGGGGCUUCCCAUUGGACAACACAUCGCCCUCCGUGCGGAAUGCGACCUCGGGGAGGGGAAAAAAGAGCUCGUGGUGCACUCCUACACCCCUAUCGCGCACGAUACGCGGGGGUAUGUUGAUUUGCUCAUCAAAGUUUACUUCGCCGGGGUGCACCCGAAGUACCCUCGUGGCGGCCGCCUUACCCAACACCUUUAUCGAAUGCAGAUGAACGACACGAUCGACGUGCGGGGUCCGAAAGGGCGGCUUGAAUACCUCGGUGGAGGGAAUUGCUCGAUUCCCACCCCACCUUCGACAACCCGUCGAUUUCACGUGGAUCGUUUCGCGAUGAUCGCCGGGGGUUCCGGCAUCACCCCGUUCCUUCAGAUUAUCCACGCGAUUCGGAAGGAUCCGUCGGAUCGAACGGAGGUCGAUCUGAUUUACGCGAAUCAAUCACCCGAGGAUAUUUUGUUGCGCGAGGAGCUUGAUACCUUCGUGCGGGAAGGGGAAGGAAGGGUGCGGGUGUGGUAUACCGUGGAUCGUGACGCGCCGUCGGAUUGGGCGUACGAUGUUGGCUACAUCACGGAGGAGAUGCUGCGGGCUCAUCUCCCGAUACCCUCCAAACCUCUUGACGGGGAUGCGCGCGAAAAGGAAAACACGGCGGAAGCAAAUGGGGAAGAAAAGCGAGAAAACGAAAAAGAAAGGUCGCGAUCGGUGCUCGCGCUGGUGUGCGGCCCCCCCGCGAUGAAUCAGGUUGCCGUGAAGCCAAACCUGUUGAAGAUCGGGUACGCAGAGGAGGAUAUUUUUAUCUUUUAA